ACAACCAAACAAACAAAAACAGUAGAAUAGAAUAAGAUAAAAUAGAUUAGCAUACUAUAAAAAUAGAAUAAAUUACUAUCUUGCAUCAGAAAAAUUACACUUAGUCAUAUUGCACAUAAGGGAGACUAGGCGAGGCUAUCAUGGUGUAUUAGAUGUGUGUGUGCGUGUAUGCGUGUGUGGUCAUCUGGAUAGUCUUUGUUGUGAAGUCUGACAGCAGUUGGAAGGAAAGAACUGCGGAAUUUCUCCGUCCCACAUACUUAGUACUCUGCCUCAAGUGACAGCAAACACUCUCUGCAGGCAGAUGGGCAGAACUCGCCACCUCUGCUCAUCAAAUAAACAGUUGUGAUUGGUUCUCCCGAUCAGGGCAGUUUAGUCAGACAGAGGCGGAGUAUUUCAGCAGUGACUUCGUCGUUGACAGCCGGUGACAAACUGACACCUGAAUACACCUGCCCUUAAAAAGAAAAAAAAAAUCCUGUAUGAGAUCCGGGGCUGUUAAAAAAAAAACAAAAAAAACAACAACAUCAUCCGGGGCACAAGUUCCUGACGUGCACUCUGGUCGUCACGUCGCUAUUAGUUGCUUCCAGUGUGGACUUUACCUUGAGGAGCUCACGUGUUAUUAAGGCGGUGCAGAGGUGAAGCUGGCAAAACAAACUGGAUUUCUCGUGAGUCAGCAACCUCUACCUGAGAUAUUCACAAGCACGCAGUUUGUGGUAGCCAAUCCUCAUCAUCAUGGACAGUGGUUCUGACGCUCACCAGUCUUCGGCCUCCUUCCUUCCAUGUAGCGUACACUCUCAGGGUGCUGGACUCGAUGCAUGAUGGAAACAUGGCUAGUACAUCACAGUCUGCCAAAGAUUAUGUCAAGAAUGCCAGACUCCACCUCGUGAGAGAAUUAAGGAAUCUCUCUGUGAUUCUGGAGAACUUGUAUCAGCAAGGAGUUCUGUGUGAUGAAGAAGUGAGCAAAAUACAGGCAGAGAGGGACGGCUAUGAUAAAACCAGAAAAAUACUGGACUCAGUCACAAAAAAAGGAGAAGCAGCCUGCUAUGUGUUACUGAAGAUUAUUGAUAUGACAAGGAAAAGGACUUUAGAGAGACCCCCUCUUCUUCCUGAGAAGAGCAGUGAAGCUCCUACUGAGUCCAAGAAGUUUGACCUACACCACUGGAUCAGCUGCUUUUCUUUCAAGGACACACACGUGGAUGUAAACUACUUACAAGGACCAAGGCCGUGCCACAGAUAUCAGGAAAAGUUAAAGUCGAAAGUAAAAAAGAUAUCAAAUGAGUUUUGGCUGACAAGUAAAACUCUGUUUGGAGGAAACAAGAAGCCUGAUCUGUCAUACACCUCACUUGUAUUAGACACAGAGGAGAGUGUUUCCCCAUGUAAAAUAAAGAAAUUGAAGAAAAAGAAAAGCAAUAUGAGUCGCCCUAAAAAGCUGAGGAAAUACAUCCCUGAGGAGAAACCAGACAUUUCCCCGACUGAGCUGCUGGAAACGGAUAAAAACAUACUCUUGGUUGGAAAGCCUGGAAUUGGAAAGACAACAUUGACUCAUGAAAUGUUGAGACUCUGGGCAGAAAGAGAAAGCAAAGAGCUUGAUUACAUGUUUUACUUUGACAUGAGGGAAACAUCCCACAUCAGGAAUGCCAAAAGCUUGGAGGAACUUCUUUUUGGUGUGUUUUGUGAACCAGAUGAAGGCAAAGAUGAGGUCUUACAAGACAUACUGAGACACUCUGAUAACGUCACAAUCAUUUUUGAUGGACUCACUGAUCUCUGCUCAUCAGUGGUGGAGAAACUUCUUAAGAAAGACCUACUGCCUCUUGCAAAGAUCAUCAUAACAUGCAGAGCAGAUGAUGAGGAUGAAGACUUGUUUUCUGGGAACUUUGACAGAGUGGAGGUGAAAGGCUUUAGUGAGCAGACUAUAAAAACAUACUUAUCUGCAACACUUGGUGAAGAUCAGACGAAGGUUUUGAGUAACUUGGAACUGAUAACUCUUUGUCAUGUCCCCAUGUAUGCACUGAUGGUGGCUGCUUGCUUUUCAUCAAAAGAUGCUCCACAGCCAUGUACAAUAACUGAGAUAUACAUCAAUAUUGUUCGUUUUUUCCUUCAGAUAAACAGCAAAACAAAGAAGAAAGAUCUAAAUUCCUUCAUCAAAACCAAGAGAGAAGAAAUUCUGUCUUUGGCUGAAGUUGCUUUUCUUUCAGCUGAAAGAAAAACCGUGAACCUGACAGACCUGCCCUGUGAAGAUAGCUGUGUCCUCUCCUUCCUGAAACCACUUCUCAUUAAGGAGGCUGUGACUGAAACGAUAACCACAUAUGCAUUUCUCCAUUACACAGUGCAGGAGUUUUUUGCAGCACUGUGGCUCCUGAAGAAUCCUGAUAAAAUCAGAGAUGUUUAUCAGCAGUGCCUCACAGAGGAGAAGAAACACAUGAAACAUCUGAUCCCCUUCAUGUGUCGACUGUUGAAUGAGAAGAGCCCAAGUUUGAUGAAGCAUCUGAUUCCAGAUAAAGACCUGAAGAAUACAUCUAACUGGUUCUUCAAGGAGCUGAUUAACACAUUUCUUCCUCAUCUGUGUGAGCAAGAAGAGGCUGAUACUGAGGACAUACUGUUCUUAUGCCAGUGCUUGUAUGAGUCCCAGAGUCCUGAAGCAUGCAUCUACCUUCUGGACAAACUGGACUACCAUCUUGACCUCAGUGGAGAGAGUCUGGAUCCUUACCCUUGCUGUGCUGUGGCCUAUGUGGUCACUCAGUCAAAGGAAAGAAAAAUAUUGAUGAACCUCGAGGACGUGAUUAUAUCAGAACAAGGAAUGAGACAGCUGUUCGGAUGCCUUGAAAAUGUUGAGUGGUGUGACCCUCUCCCUCGACAAAUGUGGGAGAUUUUCCUUGUCAGUGAAGAGCAGAUGGACUUUGUAAGCCUACUCAGUCUUGAUGGAAAUCAGUUACACCUUCCAGUUGAUGGUGAAAAACAUCUGUUUGAAAGAGCUGUGGAAAUCAUCCAAAGGAUGCCUACCAAGGUUAAUGUCUGCCUGUACUGGGACAGAGAAACCUCUGCCUGUCAGAGUCUGUGUGAGUCUCUGUUAGAGGCUUUGCUGUUCAUCAGCUCACUUAGCUUCAGAGGUCCAGAGUCAUGGAGCCAGGAGAAAUACCAUGGGACACUGGAGAGGGAGCAGAAGAGGCUGUUCAUGGAUUUAUGCCUGAAAGCAGCACUUCAUGAUGGACCAAAUUUCUACAAUCUCCUGCAGUCUGGUCCAUAAACCUCUCAGAGAGAAAGAC